CGAAGGUAGUGGUAGUGUGGUGUACUGGAAGAAGCAAGGGUUUCCUUUAGGCUUGCUUGUUGUUACGUUUGGUAGUAACAUUCUGUCCAUAUAUAUGUUAAGUUUGGCGCGUAAUUAAGUGUUAAACAAUCUUGCCUAAUAAUAUUUUUUCUGCAUGUUAAUAUUGCAAAUUAUCUGGCGAGGUGAACGUAACCUUGUCUGAAAAGCAUCUUUUAACAUAAUUGGAAGACGAAAUUACGAUGCCAUCCCCGAUGGAGGGGUCUUCCAGAGAAGGUGACCACUUUACCGUGAAACAUGAGCUGAAAAAUGCCAACCUGACGGGCCAUGUGGAGAGAGUGGGCAUUGAAAACUUUGAGCUAUUAAAGGUGCUGGGCACAGGAGCUUAUGGCAAGGUGUUCCUGGUAAGGAAAGUGAGUGGUCAUGAUGCAGGAAAGCUGUAUGCCAUGAAGGUUUUGAAGAAGGCCACGAUUGUACAAAAGGCAAAGACUGCCGAACACACGCGGUCAGAGCGUCAAGUGCUGGAGCACAUCCGCCAGUCUCCGUUCCUCGUCACACUUCACUAUGCCUUCCAGACGGAUACCAAGCUGCACCUGAUUCUCGAUUAUGUAAAUGGUGGGGAGCUCUUCACACAUUUGGUGCAGAGGGUGCGAUUUAAGGAACAAGAAGUCUCCUUGUACAGUGGAGAGAUUGUGUUGGCACUAGAACAUCUACAUAAGCUUGGGAUUGUCUAUCGGGACCUGAAACUUGAGAAUAUUCUGCUGGAUUCGAGUGGGCAUAUAGUUCUCACAGACUUUGGUCUCAGUAAAGAAUUUGAUCAGGUGGAAAGGGCGUUUUCUGUCUGUGGCACCAUUGAAUACAUGGCUCCAGAAAUUGUGGAAGGUGGAGAGUCUGGACAUGACAAGGCGGUGGACUGGUGGAGCCUCGGCGUGUUGAUGUACGAGCUUUUGACUGGCGGAUCGCCCUUCACCGUUGAUGGAGAUGAGAACUCGCACACAGACAUUGCCAAGAGGAUUUCAAAAAAGGAUCCUCCUUUCCCCAAAGAUAUGGGACCUUUGGCCAAAGACCUCAUCCAGCGACUCCUCAUCAAAGAUCCAAAGAAAAGAUUGGGCUCAGGUCCUAAUGGAGCAGAGAAUGUGAAAAAACACCCGUUUUACCAGAAAAUAAACUGGGAGGACUUGGCAGCUAAGAAGGUGCCUGCCCCGUUCAAGCCGGUGAUUCGGGAUGAGCUAGAUGUCAGCAACUUCGCAGACGAGUUCACAGAGAUGGACCCCACCUACUCUCCUGCGGCUCUGCCUCAGAACUGUGACCGCAUCUUCCAGGGCUACUCUUUCAUGGCCCCCUCCAUCCUGUUCAAGAGGAAUGUGGUGAUGGACGACUCUGUCCAGCUGUGUGGUGGCUCUGAGAGGCCGGGCUCCGCCGCGGUGGCCCGCAGCGCCAUGAUCAAGGACUCACCAUUCUACAUGAGUUAUGAGAUGGACCUGAAGGACAGUGCUUUAGGGGAGGGUAGCUUUUCCAUCUGCAGACGGUGCACACACAAGAAGACCGGACAGAAAUACGCAGUCAAGAUUGUCAGCAAAAGGAUGGAGGCACGACCAGCGGGGAAUAGCGCCCCGAACUUGCGAUGGCCACCCCAACUUGUCAAGUUUCAUGAAAAUUACCCACCGGUAAGAUAUUUAAACCUGGAAACUGCAUUCACAGUGUUUUUGACUGCAUAUUUUGUGGAUUUGCUCUGUUUGCAGUACACCAUGCUGUCUGGCCAGGUGCCUUUUCAGUGUCAGGAGAAGAGCCUGACUCAUACCAGUGCUGAGGAAAUUAUGAAGAAAAUCAAACAGGGGGACUUCUCUUUUGAAGGCGAGGCUUGGAGAAAUGUGUCUCAGCGCAAGGACCUGAUACAAGAGCUGCUGACCGUGGACCCAAACAAGAGGAUUAAGAUGUGCGGCCUACGUUACAAUGCCUGGCUCCAGGACGACAGCCAGCUGUCCUCAAACCCACUCAUGACCCCGGACAUUCUUGGCUCCUCUACUGCCUCCGUCCACACUUACGUCAAAGCUACCUUUCACGCAUUUAACAAAUGUAAGCGGGAAGGUUUCCGACUGCAGACAGUGGACAAAGCGCCACUAGCCAAGAGGAGGAAGAUGAAAAAGACAAGUACCAGCACAGAGACCCGCAGCAGUUCCGGUGAGAGCACUCAUUCCUCGUCCUCCUCCUCCCAAUCUCAGGAGAAGACUUUUCCAGAGGGCAACACCAAGCUGCAGACCUCCAACAGCACGCCUCUUGUCACGCCCGUCAACACACCGGCAGCCCUGGGAACAGACUCUGAGCACCAACCAACGCAUCCAGCCUUUCACUUCUCAGAAGAACAGUGAGACAGCCAGAAGAAAAAAGGAGAUUCAGACAGCUUCAUGACCCACAGGACUGCUUAGAACAUUGUAGAGACCGCUCUCUUCUUCUUCUCUCUGUCCCCGGCAGCUCUCCGCCUCUGGCUUGAUUGCAUGGACGUCGGCAUAUCUCCAAAACCAAGCAUGCAGCAGGAGCAGCAACCAUCACCUCAAUAUCUAUCAAUCAAUCAAUCAUCACUAGCAAUAGCCUAUCCCUUUUCUUCUCUCUCACUUUCAAAGACAGACCGUGUCAAUCAGGGACUGGACCAGGUAGAAGUUGUCACCAGUGUCCAAAAUGAAAAGAGCUGCUCUACUGCCCCAGAUCCAAACAAACAAUGGAGAGACAUCUUCA